AUGGGUCGCUUUUCAUCUUUCGGCGAGCGCCUUGCAUCGCUCAAGAUCGGUAGCGUGCGAUACAACUCGCCCAAGGUCCAGGUCUUCCUGAUCGGUUUCGUGUGCUUCCUUACCCCGGGCAUGUUCAACGCCAUUUCCAACCUCGGCGCAGGUGGUGCGCAGGACGUCUCGCUCGUGGACAUUACCUCGUCUCUUCUUUACGCCAUGUUCUGCCUGGUCGGCUUCGUCUCCGGUUCGGUCCACAACGUUAUCGGCUCGCGUCUCACUCUUUUCAUCGGUGCUUGCGGUUACCCCAUCUACGUCGGUGGCCUUUGGGCUCUCCAGGUUCACCACGUUCGUCCUUUCCUCAUUGUUUCUGGUGCCAUUCUUGGCGCUUGUGCUGGUCUUCUUUGGACUGCUCAGGGCACAAUCAUGAUGGCCUACCCUAUGGAGAAGGAUAAGGGUCGCUCUUUCGGCAUCUUCUGGGCCGUCUUCUCGAUGGGCGCAGUCGUCGGCGCGUCGAUUGCCCUCGGCAUCCAGUGGAAGCAGGGCAAGGAGCCCAACGCCUCUACCGGUGUCUACCUGGCCUUUACCAUCCUCAUGCUCUGCGGUGUUGCCGCCUCCCAGCUCGUCCUGCCCGCCAAGCACAUUGUCCGUGAAGACGGUACCCUCGUCGAGCUCGAGGCGACGCUCUCGGUCAAGGAGGAGGUCCGCGAGUUCUUCCGCCAGUUCAAGGACUGGCGCAUGCUUGCCCUCUUCCCCAUGUUCUUUGCUAGCAACUACUUUUACGCCUACCAGGGUGCGGUUGUCCCCUUCAUCUUCAACGGCCGUUCGCGCGCCCUCUCGUCGCUCAUCACCAACCUCGGUGCCGUCAUCGGUGGCCUGUUCGUCGGUUUCCUCCUUGACCUCAUCCCCGCCCAGCGCCGCACUCGUGCCAUGAUCGGCUGGCUCGUCGUUUUCGUUUUCGUCGGCUCGGUCUGGGGCGGCGGUGUUGCAUUCCAGAGGCUCUUCUCGCGUGUCCCCACCCCGGAGGAGUCGUGGCGCCUCGACUACAACGAGGGCCACGCUCCUCAGGCGUACGGUCUCCUUUUCAUGUACUACUUCACCGACUCUCUCUUCCAGGGCCUCGCCUACUACAUCAUGGCUUCGCUCUCCAACAACCCCUUCAAGCUCGCCCGCAUGACCGGCUACUACAAGAGUGUUCAGUCUGCCGGUGCCGCCAUCUCGUUUGGCAUGGACGCCGUCAAGACCCCCUACCUCACUGAGCAGAUCGUUUCGUGGCUCCUCAUGUUCUGCUCGAUGCCUCUUGCCCUCCUCGUCAUCCGCACCAUCAAGGAGACCAACUACGACGACGAGCAGACCCUCCACGUCGAGGAUGUGCCAGAGGACAAGCUCCACGCCGCCCUCCCCGCCGGCCACCACGCCGCCCACCACGACCUUGAGACCGCCUCGGAGUCGAGGUUCAAGGAGGAGCAGGAGUACCACGAGCGCCCUUGA